GCCGCCGAGAGCGGAUGGCGGCCGCGGUCGCGGUCGCGGGUCCGCUCGCCGCCGGGGCUGAGGAAGCUGCNGCUUCCGUGUCCUUGCCGCCAGGGUCUCCUGGUCUGCCCGGGAGCCGGAGCGCAGAACGAGCCCUAGAGGAGGCUGUGGCCACCGGGACCCUGAACUUGUCCAACCGGCGUUUGAAGCACUUCCCCCGGGGCGCGGCCCGCGGUUACGACUUGUCAGACAUCACCCAGGCCGACUUGUCUCGGAACCGGUUUCCCGAGGUGCCUGAGGCAGCUUGCCAGCUGGUGUCCCUGGAAAGCCUGAGCCUCUACCACAAUUGCCUGAGAUGCCUGAACCCAGCCUUGGGGAAUCUUACAGCCCUCACCUACCUCAACCUCAGCCGGAACCAGCUGUCGUCGUUGCCACCCUACAUCUGCCAGCUGCCCCUUCGAGUACUUAUCAUCAGCAACAACAAGUUAGGAGCCCUGCCUCCAGACAUCAGCACCUUAGGAAGCCUGCGGCAGCUUGAUGUGAGCAGCAAUGAUCUGCUGGAUAGCAACCCCCUACAAAGUCCACCCGCCCAGAUAUGCCUGAAGGGGAAACUUCACAUCUUCAAAUACCUAACAAUGGAAGCUGGCCGGAGGGGAGCCGCCCUCGGGGACUUGGUCCCUUCCCGCCCCCCAAGUUUUAGUCCCUGCCCUGCCGAAGAUUUAUUUCCGGGACGUCGUUAUGAUGGUGGCCUGGACUCAGGCUUCCAUAGUGUCGACAGUGGCAGCAAGAGGUGGUCAGGAAAUGAGUCCACAGAUGAUUUUUCAGAACUGUCUUUCCGGAUCUCGGAGCUGGCUCGGGAUCCCCGGGGGCCUAGACAACCUAGGGAAGAUGGUGCUGGUGAUGGAGACCUGGAGCAGAUUGACUUUAUUGACAGCCAUGUUCCUGGGGAAGAUGAAGAGCGAAGUGCAGCUGAGGAGCAGCUGCCUUCUGAAUUAAGCCUGGCAGCAGGGGAUGUGGAGAAGCCAUCCAGCAGCAGCCCCGGGCACCGCCCCUUCACCUGA